UGUGUUUAUAUAAUGGUAGCGUCCCGGGAAAGUGAGAUCAUUGAAUCGUCGGCUGUCAGAAUCACACGCUACACUCCGAGACACUCUUACUCGCCGAAAAAAUGAGAUCUUGCACGCUCAUAAUCAUCACUCUCGCGACCGUCCUUCUCAACACCAAAUAUAUCAAUGCAUUCGAAACAUGUCCGCAAGAGAAUUGCCUUACGUCUGAUAAAUGCGAGGAAACAAUUAACAUUCCAUUUUUAUGCUAUGGGCCUAAACAGGGUACCACAUGCUGCAGUAUAGUUAAAUCAGAGUUCAGAACCCUUUGCCGUCAUCAUGGUGGAGAAUGCAUGGAUAGAUGCGCUUUGACACUGCAACAAAACGCGGUCGACUGUCCGAGCAAUCAAGUCUGUUGCGUUUUGGUUUAAACAGCUUAUUGAAGCGUAGUAACUAGUCAAAGAAUAAUCUCUCUCUGAUUAUAACGACAAGUUUCAAUCUAAUUUAAUUAUAUGACACACAAAAUAAUCAAAGUAUCGUUUAACAUCAAUUCUCUUGAAAAAAAAUAAGACAAGAAAUACAUGUAACACAUUUUUUUUUUUAAACAUAUUCCUUUUAAUAAAUCAGGUGUAUAUUGUUUUCAUAUAACAUGGAAAAUUAAGCUUAUUAUUAUAAUGAGACUUUUUGAUCCAAUUAAGAAGGACCUAUUGAAAAAUUCCAUAAAUAAUAAGAUAUAAUACGAUAUAUGUCACGAAUAGUAUUUACAUCCAAUGAGAUAUACGAUUCUAUUAGGAAUAAAUUUAUUCAUUAUAUACAUAGCUAAAAUAAACUUUGCUAACAAAAAUAGAAAUGUGUCUCUAUAUAAACUGCUUGUUGUAAAAGUUUCACUUUUAUUAUCAAUUUUGAUAAGAAUUAAAAGAAUAAUGAUAAGGUGCUAUUUAUCGAUUCUAAUAAGUUUUUCAAAAUUAUAUCCACAUU